AUGUCAUCUCAUAAUAAUCUAUUAGUCAUUAUUUAUGACUAUUUAUCUAUUGGUUCAUUAACAAUAUCAAUGAUUGCAUUAAUACCACAAAUCAUUUUAAUUCAUUAUAAUAAAUCAUUUCAAAAUUUAUCAUUAUCAUUUAUAUUAAUAUUAUUCUUACAAGAUUUAUUAAAUAUAUUCUUCUUGUCAUCUUCACCUUCUAGUAUACAACCAUCACCACCACCUUCCUCGGGAAAUGGGACUACCACCACCACCACUUCAAUUGUAUCCUUAUAUUAUUGCUUCUUAGAUUUAGUAUUAUUAUCACAAUAUUAUUAUUACCAUCAUCAUGUUUAUACCACUACUCACCAUCGUAAUUCAAAUCAUGCUUUGAUAGCAUCUGCUACUAUACCUACCAUCCUAUCAAAUACCGUUGAUGCUCAUCCUAUACCCAUGAACACGACAGAUACCGGUUCUUCACAAGUAACAACCCCCGCAUAUUCACUCCAAUCAUUAAUUAACUUUGGAUUAUCCUUUUCAUCAAGAUUACCUCAAAUUUAUUACAAUUAUAAAUAUAAAUCAACAAAAGGGGUUUCUAUUUAUUUAUUCAUUUGUACUUUUAUCUCAAGUAUAUUUCAUACCAUUGCCAUUUGUAUAAAUAUUUAUUUAUCAGUAUUAUAUUCACAACAUGAUGUCAAUAAUAAUCAAAUAGUACUACUAACUACCACCAUUUGCAUGAUCAUCUUAGAUGGAAUAAUAUUGAUUCAAUUUAAAUUAUAUAAACAAACUACCGGAAGUGGGAAUAGUAGAGUCCUUCAUCAACCACCUAGAACCCGGGCUCCAUCCUGGUAUACCAGAAAUCAAUUCCUGUAUCACAGUCUUGUCGAAGACGAAGACAACGAUGAAGAUAACAACAACCAAGACAAUUACAACCCCGUUUUAGUCCCCCAUCAUAGUCAUACUCCCACAAUAGACGCCCAAAUAUCACCCAAUGAACGAAGUUCAUUAAUUUCAUCCAAUACCCAUACCCAUUAUUAUUCAUAUCUAACAUCCCCACCAUCCCAUUAUAUCCUCUCCUCACAAGCAUCAUCCCCAUCAUCAUCACGACCUCCUAUCGAAUCAUCAACAUCUUGGAAUAAUCAACUCAUGCAAAGAAUCUCUCGAUCAAUGAGAAGACAAAGUUCAACCGGAGGAGAUCCAGUUAUAAAUAUAGGAGCAUCCCUGCCUACUAAUUUAAUCCCGAGUAUUGUGGGGACAAUGAGUAAUGUGAAUAAGAAAAUGCAUGAUGAGAUGAAGAUUCCAUUCUCACCCAUUGAUUUCUUGAAUGAUGAAUUUUAUGGAUCGGCUCCGACGUCAAUAAAGAGUAAUAAUAAUAAUAGCAAUCAUGUAUAG